CUGCGCCGUGGGUAGUACUGGUCAAAGUCAAAAGAAGAAAUCCCCAAUAUGUCUGAUUCAACUUCGAUCGUUCGUUCAUCGAAUUAACAUUUGAAGGGUAAUCUCUCUCAUUACCAAUUUCGAUUUCAAUUAUAUUACGUAUUCAUUACUGAUUGAUUCGAAAAGGUGAUUCCAAGGGAGCGGAGAAAUUAACAAUCAGUUGUGGUGAUUUUAAUAAAAUGGGGAAGAGAACUGCAGGAGCAGUGGGGGGCCGGCGAAGAAGGGAUGGCGAACCCGAAUCGGUGGGUGUGGUAACUCGGGCUGUGAACUCGGUGUUUGCAUUCGUCCGUUUAGCGGAAUUCGAGAUCCUAUUCGUACUUUUCUUCGUCGUCGCUUUCCUCAUUUUCAAAGAUCUGACCUCAAGACCUGAAUAUAAUCAGAUCCUAGUGAAGAAGCCUGGUGGCCCAGACUGGUGGCCAUACUAGAGUAGAGUGCGAAUGUAGUGUGCUGCGCAGGAAUUGUGGAAAACUACUUUCAAAUGUAUGAACUGUUUUCGUGUUUGUGGUUGUAGAUUGAUAUCAAGAUACUGGAUACAUCUUUACCUUGGGUCAUGGAUUGUCCACGUCGUGAAGAACUGAUUAAUUCCAUGUCAUUGUUUUGAAGUUUUUUCUUGUUAUAUUUUGGAGACAAAAGUUAUUAGAAUGUUUUUUUGCUUCUGUGUAUUUAUAAUUUUACAUAUUUUGUCAUUCAGACUGGGCGAGGAAAUGAGACUAGUUUGCCGAGAA